CAGCCGCCGGCUGGGAACACCCCCUUCGCCCGGGCGUUGCGGCGGGGGGAGCGGACGUGACAGGCCGGGCGCAGGCUGCCGGAGACGGAGGGCGAUGGUGGUCCCCAGGGGACAGGAGCACCAGGCCCCCCAGGAGGUUGAAACAAGAGAAGAUGAGGAACAAAACAUCAAGUUGACUGAAAUUUUGGAACUGUUGGUGGCUGCUGGGUAUUUUCGAGCAAGAAUCAAAGGAUUAUCACCCUUUGACAAGGUGGUAGGCGGCAUGACGUGGUGUAUCACUACGUGCAACUUCGAUAUCGAUGUUGAUUUAUUGUUUCAGGAAAACUCUACUAUUGGUCAAAAAAUUGCCUUAACUGAAAAAAUUGUGUCAGUAUUACCAAAAAUGAAGUGUCCUCAUCGUUUGGAACCACAUCAGAUCCAGGGACUGGAUUUCAUUCAUAUAUUUCCUGUUGUACAGUGGCUGGUGAAACGUGCAAUAGAAACAAGGGAAGAAAUGGGAGACUAUAUCCGUUCUUACUCUAUAUCACAAUUUCAAAAAACUCAUAGACUACCAGAGGAUGAUGAAUUUAUGCAAAGAAAAGAGAAGGCUAUCAAAACUGUUACUGAUAUUUGUGAGGUUUACAAACCCCAGAGAAAAUAUAAACGUCAGAAGGGAGCUGAAGAACUGCUAGAUGAGGAAUCAAAGGUUCAUGCUACGCUUCUGGAAUAUGGCAGGAGAUACGGAUUUAGCAGACAAGCAGGGAAAACAGAACAGGCUGAAGAUAAAAAAGUUGCGCUACCUCCGGGGCUUGCAGCAGCAGGAAAAGCUGAGCCAUGUGAUGAAGAUGACCUUCAGGCUGCUGAAGAGCUUCGCAUUAAAACUCUGAUGACUGGGAUGGCUGCGAUGGCAACAGAAGAGGGCAAGUUGACAGCAAGCACAGUUGGCCAGAUUGUUGGACUCCAGUCAGACGAGAUCAAGCAAAUAGUGUCAGAAUACGCUGAAAAGCAAUCUGAGCUUUCUGCUGAGGAGCGACCAGAAAGGCUUGGAGCUGCCCAACAACACAGAAGGAAGGUGGCAUCUCUGAAUAAGCAGAUUUUGCAAAAAACCAAACUUCUGGAAGAGUUGCAAGCUAAAUGUGCUGAUCUGCAGGCAAAAUGUACCGAAGCAAAAAAGACGUUAAGUGAGGUUAAGAGUUAUGGUGAAAAGCUGGACAAGGAAUUGGCAGCCUUAGAAACAAUAGAAUCCCAAGCAGAUUCUAGCGUAUUACAGAGUCUGCGAGCACUGGUGGCCAUGAAUGAAAACCUAAAAAGCCAGGAGCAAGAGUUCAAAGCACAUUGUAGGGAAGAAAUGGAGAGACUUCAACAAGAUAUUGAGAAUUUGAAAGCUGAGACCAUGGAAGAUGGGGAGGAACAGGAGCCGAAUAAGAUUAUAGAACAGCAAUACAAAACCGAGAAAGAUAAACUUCAAAAGAUCCGUUUGUUAUUGGCACGAAGAAACAGAGAAAUAGCCAUUUUACAACGCAAGAUUGAUGAAGUACCCAGCCGAGCUGAGCUAACACAGUAUCAGAAGAGAUUUAUUGAACUUUACAGUCAGGUCUCAGCAACUCACAAAGAAACGAAGCAGUUCUUUACUCUUUAUAAUACACUGGAUGAUAAGAAAGUAUAUUUGGAAAAGGAGGUUAAUUUACUGAAUUCUAUUCAUGACAACUUUCAUCAAGCAAUGGCAUCUUCUGGUUCUCGAGAGCAGUUUUUACGGCAGAUGGAGCAGAUUGUAGAAGGCAUCAAACAGAAUCGGAUGAAGAUGGAAAAGAAGAAGCAAGAAAAUAAAAUGCGAAGGGACCAGUUGAAUGACGAAUACUUAGAGCUUCUAGAGAAACAGAGGCUUUACUUUAAAACAGUGAAAGAAUUUAAAGAGGAAUGCCGUAAGAAUGAAAUGCUGCUCUCCAAGCUGAAAGCUAAUUCUUCCUGAAGAGCUCCAGCUGGUGAAGUUUAGAAAUGAUUGUUCAGUCCAUUGGAAUCUCUUUUGUGAGGUGACAGUUAUAACUGCAAUGUAGAUAUAUAUAUAGAUAUAUAUAUAUAUAAAAAUAUAUAAACACAGCUGUAAAAGUCUGUUUUUUUCCAGUAUGUAUUCAGUUUUACAUUCCUUCAUCACAUGGCUGUAUUAUUCAUUAUUGCCUCCACUACACAGUAAAGAGCUAACGCAGUACAGAAAAAGAGAAAUAUUGUCUAAUUUUAUUUAUUUGGGUUUGAUGUUUUUUUUCCACAGUAAGGCCAACGGGGAUGCUUUUUAUUUGGGUUUUCACACUGAAUUAGGUCAAGAUUCUGCAAUAAGUUAAUAUGUACUGUGUAAUGUGUGCAGGACCACAAGAUAAGCACUUCAGAAUACAGUGGUUUAUAAAUUCUGGCCAAAAAAUGCCACAGAAUCAGAUUCUUGAAACUCUCUUCACCAGCUAAUAACUUCACAUUAUUUUAAUUUACACUUUAGCCAUAGAUAAGAUUCCAAAGGAUAAAAAUUAAUUUCUAAUGGUUAAGACAUGAGAAAAUGCAGACUUACCUUGGAUAAUCCCUGGUGUAAAAAUAUAGAUCUAUAUUUUUAUAAAGUCUAGCUGUUGUAUAAAUUUCUUUGAAGUUUCAUUUUUAUAUAUAGAGAGUGUGCUUCUUAAAUUAAUAGCUCCAGGAAAAAACACCUUAAUCACUAGGACCAUCAUGUUACCCCUGGCUGGGAUGAAAAUCAAAGUCUGUGUCACCUGUAACACGGGAAGAUAAAGAUUCAGACAUUCUGCUCAAAUGAACUGAUGCUCACCUUCGAAGACAACAACCUAUUUACCCUGCUGAAGACUUGCCCUUGAAAGUUUAGAAACUUUGUGGAACACUUUCUGAAACACUUUUAUAUCUGUAUAUACAGUAUUUUAUAAUUCAAACAGUUGCUUUUUGUACUUAACAUCAGGAUUUUUGGACUGACUUCUUAAUGUACGUCACAUCUUCCGGAGAAGAAAACCCAGGUUCUUUUUUUCCCCAGUAACACUGGUGACAGUGCUGGUCGGUUAUUUCUAUGGCAGCAAAUAUAAAAUAAAGAAUGUUUGGAAUCCA